AGUUGUAAUGGAUAUUACAUACACAUUUUGGAAUAAAAUGAUUCAAACGACAUUUCUACCAAAGUUUCUGUCUUUUGUUUUUUUCUCAUCCAAUUCCUGCUUUUCUUUUUCUUUUUUAUAAUUUUUAAUUUUUAAUUUUAGGGUUUCAAAUUUAGAUUCGAUCGUAUCGCUUCUCUUUUCCUCUCUCUCUCUCUCUCUCUCUCGAUCUUAACAAUUAUCACUUUUAUUGUUAUUGUUGUCAAUUUCCUAUUUUCCACAAGACAUUUCUUUUAGAUUAUUUUAUUAUUAUUAUUAUUUGAUUAUUCAAUUUCAUCAUUUCUCGUUAGGGUUCAAUUACUUAUUGUUAUUAUUAUUAUCUCCAAAUACCAAACUUCGCUUCCGUUUUUCAAUUAGAUUUCAAAGUUCCUAAAUUUUCGAAAGCUCCUUUUAGUGCAUGAAUCUUUUUUUGCAGUGAAUGAACUGAAGGGGGCAAGUUUGGAAGGUGAAACAAUUAUAAAAGCAGGGGAGUAAAUCAGUUGAAAUAAUAGCAGUAAUAAUUAUGUUUGCACAAGGUAUGGAUUGUGGGAGAGAAUCAGGAGGUGUAACUGCAGGUACGGUGUUAAUGAGGUUUGUAUGGCCCCAUGGCGGUAGAAGUGUAUUUCUCAGUGGUUCUUUUGACAGGUGGACUAGGCUUGUGCCUAUGUCACCCAUGGAAGGCUGCCCUACGGUAUUUCAGGCCAUUUGCAGUAUAACACCCGGUUAUCACCAGUACAAGUUUUUGGUUGAUGGAGAAUGGCGGCAUGAUGAGCGCCAACCGUGCUCAACAAGUGAAUAUGGGGUAGUGAACACCAUCCUAUUCACGGGGGAAACUAAUUACAGUCCUGCCAUAGGUCACGAGAUGCCAUUGGGCAUGGAACUGGACAAUGAGACCUUCAGACGUGUGGUUCAUGUAUCAGAUGGUACAGUGAGUGAUGUAGUACCAAGAAUAUCAGAGGCUGACUUGCAGGUCUCUCGUCACCGCAUUUCUGUAUUUUUAUCUACACAGACUGCAUAUGAGUUACUUCCCAAGUCAGGCAAGGUUGUUGCCUUGGAUGUUGAUUUACCAGUAAAGCAAGCAUUUCAUAUUUUACAUGAGCAGGGCAUCCCCAUGGCUCCUCUUUGGGACUUCAGCAAGAGCCAGUUUAUUGGAAUGCUUAGUGCCUUGGAUUUCAUUUUAAUUUUGAGAGAGCUUGGGAAUGGGAAUCAUGGGUCAAAUUUGACAGAGGAAGAGCUUGAUACACACACCAUAUCUGCCUGGAAGGAGGGAAAAGCAUAUCUGAAUAGACAGAUUGAUGGGCAUGGGAGGGCUUUAUCUAGACGUCUCAUCCAUGCUGGGCCAUAUGAUAACUUGAAAGAUGUUGCUUUGAGGAUAUUGCAAAAUGAGGUAGCUACAAUUCCCAUUAUCCAUUCAUCUUCAGAAGAUGGCUCAUUUCCCCAGCUCCUGUAUCUUGCUUCACUUUCUGAAAUACUUAAAUGUAUUUGCAGGUAUUUUAGACAUUGUUCUGGUACCUUGCCCAUACUCCAAUUGCCGAUUUGUGCAAUUCCAGUGGGUACAUGGGUUCCAAGGAUUGGAGAAUCUAAUAGGCGCCCUUUGGAAAUGUUGAGACCGAAUGCUUCACUUAGUUCAGCUUUGAACUUAUUGAUACACGCUCAAGUAAGUUCAAUACCAAUAGUUGACAAUAAUGACGCCUUACUAGAUAUAUAUUGUCGGAGUGAUAUAACUGCUUUGGCAAAAGACAGAGUAUAUACACACAUUAAUAUUAAUGAAAUGACUAUUCAUCAGGCUUUGCAAUUGGGACAAGACUCCUAUUCUCCAUAUGAGGUGAGAAGUCAAAGAUGUCAGAUGUGUUUACGGUCGGAUACAUUGCAUAAAGUAAUGGAGCGAUUGGCAAACCCUGGUGUUAGACGACUUAUUAUUGUGGAGGCUGGCAGUAAGCGUGUAGAAGGCAUUGUUACACUGAGGGACAUAUUUAAGUUCUUGCUCGGAUAGAUCAAAGUGGGCGACAGCAGGUCUUUACUUGAUAGAGAUUGUGCGGCAGUUCUGGGGACUCCUGGCAUAUUUUAUUGCAGCAUCUUCUGCGUUGCUCCAAGGAGAACCCAAGAAACUCUGACCGGUCACUUUGGAUGCCAUCUAUUUGAAGUCUUACCAUUGGGAUUGGCCUCUUGCUUGGUUGCCUAUUUUUAGAAUUUUAGGCCUAAAGAGGGGCGUAGAAUUUGAGAGCUGAUUCUCUUCCGAUUCCUAAUUUGUUAAUCUCCCGCUGUCCUUUUUGCCUUUUUUGUUAUAAACUACUCUCUGAGCUAUUCCAUGUAAAUUUAUGUGUAUGCGAGGGAGCAUGGGGCAUGUCCUAGUUCUAUGCUGCUGCUGCUGCUAAAAUAGACAAAGAGAUGGGGAGGAGGAACAUUGAAUGAAUAUUUUUAUUAUAUCAUAUCAUAUGCUUCUUUAGGCUGUUU